AUGCGGUUAAUGGGUGUUCCUUAUACCAUUGUACAUGCUAUUGCUUGUGCAGGUCUUGUAGCUUCUACAGCUUUUGCGACCAUUGAUACCGACCAAACAUAUAGGAUCGUGGUUGAUGGAGGACGAAGCUACUGUGAUAAUUACUUGAGCGCUAUAAGUGCUGGUCCUAAUGGUCUUGUGACAAGCACUUGGUCAGACAUUUGGGAAAAGGAUACCGAACACUGGAAAUUCGAGCCCGUUCCUCAUGCCGACAACGACACCUACUAUAUCCGUGCACUGGGAAGAAGCGGUUGUGAUGCCUUGUUAUCCGCCAGCAGAUCUUGUGAAAAAGGAUGGAAUAGACUCACCGUGGCAUCUGAAGACGAUUCAAGUGGAUUGCAACAAUGGAUUGUGAGCGUUGUCGACGACAGCAAGAACGAUCUCUACAAGACCUACCACAUUCGAAACAAAGGUCGAUCGGAUUGCGAUAACUUCCUUGCCCUGCCACCAUGCAACGGCAACGACCAAACGGUGCGUAUGGAUUAUGAGGACGAUGGCACAGGGCGUCAACGAUGGAUGCUGCAACCUAUUGGACAAUCGGUCGCCAAACUUCCUUUGAAGCCAUUUGUCAAUAAGCCAUUACCUGUUGGAGACGUAAAGCCAAGUGGAUGGAUGCUUGAUCAAAUGAGAAUUGAGGCUGAUGGAUUAGCUGGUUCUUUGUAUGACUUCUUUCCCAAUGUCAACGAGAGCCCAUGGCUUGGAGGAACAAGCGACUACUCGGAUUUGAUUGAAUCAGCGCCUUACUGGGUCAAUGGCCUGCUUCCCCUUGCAUAUCAACUACAAGAUGAUCGAUUAAUCGACCAAGUGGAGACAUUUAUGGAUUAUGUCAUUGAGCAUCAAGACGACAAUGGAUGGAUGGGACCUUCUAAUUCAACCCUAUUCUGGCCACGUGUGCUGAUCUUGCAUAGCCUUGCGCAAUAUGCUGAAGGAAAUCCCAAAGCGACUGAUAAGGCUGUCAGUGCCAUGCACAAGCUUCUUGGACGAAUUCAUGAGAUGCUUCAGGAUGGUAAAGGCGAAGGAUGGGAGAGCUUCAAUCGUAUGCGAUGGUUUGAAAUGGGUGUUCCAAUCAUGUGGCUCAUGGAUAACUUCCCGAGAGAAAAGGAAGAAACUCUUGCCAGUAUACUGAAAUCAUUGAGAGACCAAGGCGACGACUUGAGGAACUUUUUCAGGGACAACCAAUUUCCCAAGGAAGCCACUGAUAGCUACACCACACAGCUGACACAUGGCGUGAAUAAUGGCAUGGCCCUCAAGGCACACACCAUUGCUUAUCGAUUCAGCCAUGAUGACACGGAUCUAGAUUGGGCCAGGCACCAAAUCAAAAACAUCAACAAGUAUCAUGGUCGAGCAAAUGGUCUUUUUGCUGCUGACGAGCAUUUUGCUGGCUUGCAUCCGAGCCGUGGCACUGAGCUAUGCACAGUUGUGGAAAUGGCAUAUUCAUAUGCAUACAAUUACAUGGUGACGGGUGAUGGAUCAAUGGCUGACUUUGUCGAGCAAAUCAUCUACAAUGGUUUGCCUGCCGAGACAACCGAAGAUAUGUGGGCACAUCAAUACCUGCAACAGUUUAAUCAGAUCAUUGCCAAGCAACAAGAUCCCUUUAUUUGGACACAUGACAUGGAUGACAGCACAAUGUUUGGUUUGGAGCCAAAUUAUCCAUGCUGCACAGUCAAUUAUCCACAAGGUUUUCCAAAAUUCGUCACCAACAUGUUCAUGACAACAGACAAUGAUUCAACUCUUCUUGUUGCACUUUUGGGUCCAGGCUCUGUAUCAACACAAUUGGGAGGUGGUAAUCAUGUACAAGUGACGGCCAAGACAAUGUACCCUUUUUCUUCCGAGAUUACCUACGCUAUUAAAGCCGAUGAUGCUUUUCAUUUUGGAUUUCGAGUCCCUGGCUAUUCCACUGGCAGUGUUUCAUACAACAUCAACAAUGAUUCGUCAAAGUCAAUCAAGCCCAAUAAGAAUGGCAUUGUCAAGGUUGCAGUGGAUUCCGGUGAUACGACAAUUACCGUACAUCUUCCUAUGAAGACCAAGGUUGUUGAACGACCCAAUGGUGCUGUUGCCAUCCAACAUGGUCCUCUUACUUAUGCAUUGCCGAUCAAUUACACAUCCGAUAUCAUUCACAAAUAUUACAAAGGUGCUGUGGAUUAUGCUUUUACCAAUUCUUCUCGAUGGGAGUACGCUAUUGAUCCAACAUCUGUCAAGCACCAUGGUGAUGCAACAUCCGUAUCCUCGGUUCCUUUUGCUACCGCCCAUCCUCCUGUUACUAUGUCGGCUUCGGUGUGUUUGGUUGACUGGCAAAUGGACAAGAACAGUGCAGGUAUCCCUCCCAAACAGCCCAAUUGCAUCGAUGAACCCCACACUGUCACCCUUGUUCCAUUUGGAUCCACUCGUAUGCGUAUUGCCGAAUUCCCUGUCAUGGCCAAAUAA